AACGCGACCGCGUGCGUUCAGCCUAUCAUAUGGCUCAGAAAAAACAAAUGUCACACAAACUUUAAAAAAAAAACAGUGACCUAACCAUAAACUUAAUCAUUAACUUUUUUAAAUGACAAUCCCAUUUCUUAAAGUCGAAUCAAUCUUUAUUUAGUUUUUCUUAACUUAAUAAAAACAAUACACAAUAGUAAUGAGUACGAGUUAAUUAUAAAUUAAUAACAAUCAAUUUAAUCGACUGUGCGUAAAAUAUACGCUUUAAUCGGUGAAGUGUUACGGUGGUUUACGAUUUGGUUAUCGAUUUUCGACGUCACUACGACCCGAACAGCUGUUUUGAGGAUGCGGAAGGAAUACGCUAGAAAGCAACUGUUCCGUUGAUAUUCCCUAUUUUAAAUCGAUUUUAGCUUAGAGAUGUGUGAAAGUGUCUCAAAAACGGAUUUUUGAAGGUCUAGACGCAUUUGCGAUAGUUUUUUUUUGUUCUUUUGAAAAAAAAAUCGAUUCCCGAGUAAAGUGUUGUGAAAAACCUGCCUGAUUGUGUUUAAAAAAUCUUGUGAUUUAUUAAUAUUAUCAUUUAUAUUAAACAGUGAACGUGAAUAUCCAGAAAAUAUAAAGCUGGAAAAGAAGUGUAGUGUUUGACAAAAAAGUGGUUAUUUUUGUGCCAUUAUUUUUGGAUUCUUUACGUGGAUGUGGAUUAAACCCUGUUGAUAAGGUGGUGAGGUGGUUCAGCACGUGGGGCGAUGCUGGGCGGGGCGGCGGGGGGCGCCCGCUCCCGCCCGCCCACUGACCUGCACCAAGGUGUCACGAGAUUUCCGCUGUAUUCCCUAUUUCCUACUCAGGGUGGCAGAUCUACACAAAUACAUAAAGUAACGGAGAGCCUAUUCUCUACGUCGCUGUCGACGUUCGGCGUGCCGACGCCGCCGCCCAACUCUCCGUACUCUCCGCUGCAGUUGGAGCUGCUCAACUGCGCGCAACGCGUGCUGCUCUCCGACAAGGAGCCCAGCAGAAUGGAAGAGGCCAAACUGGGCAAGUGUCUCUCGGAAUCACUCUGCUGCCCGGACGCGAUGAUGCAACCGCUCACAAUCAAGACUGAGCAGGCCAAGCGAACUUGCAACACUUGCCUCACUAAUUCGCCUAAGAAGGUUAUGCACACAGAUGGCGGCUGCAGUCGAACUAACCCAGUAACGUGGGUCGGCGUGGCUGGCCAGAACGUUCAGGUGCAAGUCAAACGGGAACCACAGCACAUGCACCUCUCAGAACUAGUCGCAGUCAAGCUGGAGCAGGCUUCGCCGGGGAACAAGCCGGACCCACCGCCUGGUAUACCUGCUAGUUUGAACAAUGGUUCGAUCCCCGUCGGGAUAGCGGUGGCUCGGCAGAGGGUCGGCGACGCGGGCCUGCUCGCCGCACUUUCGCAGAAGGACAAUCAAAGGUUACACGAUUUAGACGCGGCGCAGGCGGCCAUGACGGUGGGCGUGGCCAACGUGCUCUGCGACGACCGCCCCGCCCCGCUGGCGUGGCCGACCCCCGCCCCCGCGCCCGCCCCACCCCUCUGGCAAUAUCCCGCCCAAAUGUCGAUGGAAAGUAUGAUGGUGGGCGGUGUGGGUGGCGUGGGCGUCGGUCCCGUGGGCGGAGGAGUGUCGUCCGUCGGCGGUUUCCAGCUUGUCCGCGAACCUUCCUCUGGAGCCCUACUUCUACUACCUGCUCCUCCAGAUUUGCCCCACGCGGUAGUCUGGGGUGGAGUACCAUAUUCCUCAGCUCCUUUACUCCUUCCCCCCGCGCCACAUCCUUCGCAUCACCUACAGUUGUUACCAGGCGACCUCCUCGCGUCUACUGCUACCCUGCAACACACGCACACCCAUUCAACGCGCCUGGUCACUCUAGCUCCCGCCCCACCUCCCCAGUCUCACCCCCCGCACCCCGUAGACAAAAGAAAAUCCAUGCAACCUCUCAUAAUGCCACACACAUUGAUAAAAAUUGAACCGGAACCCCCUCAGGAGAAACCACCACCAUUCGUCCCCGAGCCCGUCCAACAGCCAAUUUUAACGACGCACCUUUACUACCAACCUGAUUACACCGAACAAGUGUGCAGAAGCCAAGCGACUUCCCCCGCCGCUCCGCCCACACCGCCUCCAGAAGCUCCCGAACUCCCGGCGCACAGAGACGCAUCGAACCAGACAGACCACAUCGACGAUGAAGAGGAUUCACCAAAUCACGCAGAUGAGGACGAAAGGGACGUAGCUUGCGUUGGCGUUGCGCAUUUCCCAGAAGAAUCAAACGUCAUGCAAAUGUCAUGUCAGUCAUUACAUCCUCCACUGAUAGACAGCGCUGAAGAUUCUUCUUCUGAAGGCCUCGCAGUUGGCGCUGUAGAAAAGGCGAUUGAUGCAAUCGAAAGAGAUGAAACGAUAGAUAACUCGAGCAGCGGUGGAUCACACGAUUUAGUAAUAGACACGGGAAGAACAUCCACUCCAACGCCAAUGCCAACUCAACCGCAAACUAGACUGCCAGUCGACGUCAGUGGACUCGAACUUCUAUCGAACAGCAUUGAACAAUUCGAGCGAACGACACCCGGAAACAUGCCCCCUUUGGAUCCUACCCCUUUGACAAUAGAUACGAGGACAUCCACCAAAUUGAAUAUUUUAAUCAAAACAUCCCCGAAAUCUCCUCCACGCACCGACCUAGAUCCACAUCGAAGAUUUGAGUUCCCGGUUGUGGAACAGGCGAAUGAACAACAAAAACCUUCUCUCGAUGGGUUAGGGUUAUUGUGUGCUUUAGCAGAACAAAGGUUUAUGGAAGAAGUCGAAGAAAGUCCACAAACAAAUCUACCAUCGACGUCUCGACCGUUUAUUAAAACUGAGUUGCUGAGUCCCACUGAAAGAGACAGGUCGUUAGAAUCCAAAAAAGAUAAACAUAGGCAUAGAGAUGAUUCGUCCAGUGAGAGAAGAAGAAAAAGAAGCAGUGACAGGGAGGACAGAUUAAGGCAUAAAUUGGAAAAAAUGCGACGGCAUAAACGUGAGCGAAAGGAUACUGAUCAAGAUGACGGUGGCGAGUUAGAAGCGAGUUUGCGACGGGUGACGGCUUGUACUUGCGGGUCAACCGACUGCACUCACGGCCACGCCGUGCCUUCAGCUCAGGCGCUCGUCAAUGCAAUCGAAAAAGACAUGCGAGAACGUUUGCAGGACUUACAACGCCAAUGUGACGAAAAACGAGCCCAGUUAAACGCACUAACGCCGCCUCUACCACCAAUAUCGACACCUCCAACGCCUUGCACUCCCGCUCUCUCCCCGGAUUCAGACAGAGGGUCGUCGAAAAAACGAAAAGUCGGGCGACCGAGGAAAGUUUCGAGCCCAGACUCUACAGAAACAAUCGUAGCUAAGAAACCUAAAUCCAAGAGCACCUUAGUUGGCUACCUGCUAGCAAAAGGAAAACUUAAGGGCAAUAUUCUAUAUUCAAAAGGCGAACCCUCGAGGGAAGAAAUAAACAGAACGAGUAAAGUUCGGCCUAAGUUAAAAGCCGAGCCUAUCGUAAAGACGUAUUCAGAAGAGGAGGAACAUGAUUGGGGCCUUAAUAGAUCAGCGAGUUCCUCGAUGGAAAGUCUGAAUGAGGUUCGGCAGAAAAAUCGAGAAAAGGUUGACAGGUUGGCGAGGAAACAUUCAAGGGACGACAUGUCUGAGAUAGAACUAGCAAUUAGAAGAGCGAGUGCGUCUAGUGACAGCGAUAAAGAGAGACGUCGCGCGAAAAAGAGACGGAAGAGUACUAAGUCUGUAGAAAGAACUGAAGAUGUGAAUAAAGAAGCCCCGCCUGAACCUACUCCUCAACCACAGCCAAUUUCAAGAUGUACUUUGACUGAGGAUAACCUGGACUCCUCACCUAGAGUGCUUACUGCAAGAGGCGGAUUAUUCUACGCGGGUAAACUGAGUGCAGUGCAAGCACCAGAUGUGUAUGCCAUAACGCUUGAUGGCGAAAGGGGAAAUAAGCCGCACAUACUAUCCAGAGAGGAGACCUUGAAAGAUGCUGUAAGUAUCAUCCUGGAAGUGAGUCCAACAACAGUAACUGAACUACCAUCAGGCACCCGGGUGUGCGCGUAUUGGUCGCAGCAGUACCGGUGUUUGUACCCUGGCACCGUCGCCGUCUCGUCUCCAGACCCUCACGAUGACAAGUUUGUAGCCGUGGAGUUUGAUGACGGGGACUCCGGCAGGAUAGCCAUUGAGGAUAUUAGGUUUUUGGAACCUAACUAUCCUGUUGUUGAAUACGAAAACACAUUAUUCACACUGGGCAAACGAAGAAGGAACACAAGUAUGACGGAAGAGAAAAAGACGGCACCUACCACCAGUAACGAGGUGAAGACGGAACCCCAACCAAAUCUAACGCCACAGCCUUCAGCAGAUACCAACAAUCAGAAUGAGGAAGAAAGGCAUAGAGAUAGAAAGAAACUAAAGAAAUUAAAGAAAGAGAAAAUGAGAAGGCUAACAAGCGAAGAAGACCCAGCUUCAAUGGAAUACGUCAAAAAGAAAAAGAAAAAACAUAAAUGCUGCGAGGAACACUGCAAGCAUAGACGACAUCACAAGAAACACCAUAGAAAACACAAGAAACGGCAUCAUUCUGGCUGCAAAGACCAUUCGUCAUCAUCCGGCGAUGAUCAUCGGCACAAAUCAUCAUCAGAUUACAUAGACUCGAAUAAAUCAAACGAAGACUCCGUAGAUUCUAAUGAUAGGUUAUCGACUCUGAUAGCGGUUGAGAAAUCACCGGAAGAAAAAAUGAAGACUGUGAUUAAAAAAGCGGUUCUGUCUAAGAAGAGUUUGGUCAAAAAUGCGGUACUGGAUUUCAGCAAUUUGAGCAAGAUUACGCUAAAGAAGGACACUGAAAGUAAGGAUAAUUUGAAGGAUAGCGGGAUUGGGUUGGAAGAAGAUGCCAUACAGACUCCUGUCGCGUCUAGUUCUACGGCUGUGGUCGAAGCGCCCAAAAAGAAGACAAAACGGCGGACCGUGUCUUCAACGUCAUCCGAUGGCGGUGGUGGUGGUGGCGUAAGCAAAAUGGCGGCCUUCCUACCAGGAGGCGCCUUGUGGCGAUGGCAUGGACCGGCGUAUCGGCGCACUGCGAAACCUAGACUGCGAAAACUCUUCUAUAGAGCUAUACAACGCGGCGAGGAGGUUUUACAUGUGGGUGACGCGGCGGUGUUCCUGUCGACGGGGCGCGCGGACCGGCCGUACAUCGGGCGCAUCGCGGCGCUGUGGGAGGCGCGCGGCGCGAUGGCGGUGCGGGUGCACUGGUUCUACCACCCCGAGGAGACGGCUGGCUGCGAGAAGUUGCAUUACCCGGGUGGUCUCUUUGAAUCUCCACACACCGACGAGAACGACGUACAAACAAUAUCACACAAAUGCGAGGUGCUACCGCUGCAGCAGUACAAGGAGCGCAUGGGCGAUGACCCUGUCAAGUACAGUACGGUCUAUGAUAACAACGACGUAUACUACCUGGCGGGUCAUUACGAUCCCACGCCGCAAUCCCUGAGGAUGGAGCCAGACAUACCCUUCGCGGAGACUACCACUUCUUAAGCUUGCUCGCCUGGUACUUUUUAUGCUGAUCGAAUCAUGCGCUCUAUUAGGAUGACCGUCUUCAGUGUGCGCAUAUGCGGAAUGUACGCGUUUUUAUGACGUCAUUCUAAUUUAUGAAAAAUGCGUGCCAGUGUGCGGACAGUUUAAAACGGACAUUUUGUAAAUAUGGAUUUACAAAACAAACUUACAGUGCAAUUGAACUGUCUUGAUCAUUGAUUUUUCUUAAUUAAUAAAUUAGUAGUUUUAUAUAUUUUAUAUUUACGCCACUUUAGUGUGUACAUUGAAUUAUUUUCAAUUAAAUAUUAUGACAUAUUGAGUGUAAAAAUAGUGAAAAGCAAUAGUGUUUCGAUUUUUUCAUAAAUCUCAGUGUUAGAGUGUUCGUCCCAGUAGAUUUCUUUACACACGUAAUUAUAUCGGAUGCAGCUUUGAGAAUCACUUAUACAGGUCUUAAAGUACAAUGUAGAUUUUUGAGGCUCAAUACAAUGUGACAAUUUUUUCACUAUAUGGGCCAAACACACUCGCAACACUCCACGCCACGUGGCGUGAGUGCAGUGGGGUAUUGCAAAUGUGUUUCUGCCAUUACCGUCCGCUGCGACGAUCUUUACAAGCGUAGG